AUGGCUCUACGAACCCUCGCGACUGCUAAAACCCUAGGUGCGAUAUCCAAGUUUUAGCAACAUGUGUGUGGAUUGCAGACGUUUACGCUUCCCGAUCUUUCCUACGAUUAUGGCGCACUGGAGUCGGCGAUUAGCGGAGAGAUCAUGCAGCUCCAUCACCAGAAACACCACUGGACUUACAUAACCAACUACAAUAAAGCUAUCGAGCAGCUCGAUGAUGCUAUCAGCAAGGGAGAUGCUUCAACUGUUGUCAAAUUUCAGAGCACUAUUAAGUUCAAUGGCGAAGGUCAUGUAAAUCACUCAAUUUUCUGGAAGAAUCUCACUCCCACCAGUGAAGGAGGUGGCGAGCCACCACAUGGUUCUUUGGGCUCGGCUAUCAACCAGAGCUUUAGUUCUGUGGAAAAAUUGAAUGCUAAAAAGAACGCAAAAGGCGCUGCUGUGCAAGGUUCUGGAUGGGUGUGGCUUGCUGUUGACAUAGAGUUGAAGAGGCUUGUGGUUGAAACCACAUCAAACCAGGACCCACUGGUUACAAAAGGUCCAAGUUUGGUUCCUUUGCUUGGCAUAGAUGUUUCGGAGCAUGCGUACAAUUUGCAGUAUAAAAAUGUCAGGCCCGAUUACUUAAAGAACAUCUGGAAGGUGAUCAACUGGAAAUAUGCAAGUGAGGUACAUGAGAAAGAGUGCCCUUAAAAGAGUUGCAGGUUUGUUAAGAUUUAAAGGAUGCAAUAA